AUGCCGAUCAACUUCGAUUGGUUCGACCUCGGCCCCUUUGCGAGCGCCUACUUCGUGGAGACAGGCCUCUUUCACGGUGAGGGCGCGUUGAAGGCCCUGUCCAGCGGCCUCUUCCGGCAGGUGAUCUCGAUCGAGGUCAAUGCCGAGCUCGUCGAGAGGGCUCGCGAGAAGCUGAAGCUGCCACUGGCUGCAGGGCUGCUGAAGGUUGUGCAUGACGACUCCUGCAACUUGUGGCAUCACAUCAAAGACCUCCGCGAGCCUUGCACUUUCUUCCUGGAUGCUCACGGCUACUGGGUGCAGGAGUGCCCUGCAUCCUCUGGCGAUCCUGAAGCUGAUGACCGGGAUCCGGAUUCGCAGAGUCCGUGCCCGCUCCUCGCUGAGCUGGAGGCGAUUGCCCAGCACCCACUGGCGCGGCAACACAAGGUGUUAAUCGAUGAUCGCCGCUGCCUGCAGCCGGGCUGGGAACACCCAACACAAAGCUGGUGGCGUGGUCUCACAGAGGAGAUGGUCCUGGAGAAGCUGCGCAAGGUGAACCCGGACUUCAGGAUCCAGUUCAUUGAUGGCUUAGAACCACAGGACAUCAUCGCGGCGGUGCCUCCUGAGUGUCUCAUGGAGAUGCUCCGGGCAGAGCGCCGGCAGCUGGUCAAGGAGCUGGCCUUGCGGCGCCGAGCGCCAUGGCCUCAUCCCGCGGCUGCUGCUUUGCUGCGUCGCCAGUGGCAAGGCGGUGUGGAGGGCGAGCCUCCGCUGGGAAACCGCCUGGCCCACAAGAUGCCGACAUCUCCGCCAACGUCACCAAGGCGACCAGGACGGCUACGGGAGAGGCUUGAGGAGGAAGAGGAUCGCUUGCGCCGGGAGGCGAACAACUCUGCAGAGCCGCUCUCGGAGGCGAAGCCGAGGGACAAGAUCGGGGAGGCAUUGCAGGUGCCGCCCGUGGCGUUGGCCGGGGGCUUUCCGAGAAAGUCGUCACCGUCACGGGCACGAGACCUCGCCGGCCUCGACUCAAGGUGGAGCAACCUGCUGCAGCGAGUGUCGUCUGAUCGCGACCCGGAGCUCAGCCAGGGACUGCAACAAGGACCAGCUGGUGAGCCUCCAGCAGCUCUGGAGCGAGCAGCGGAAGAAGAUGCUCGCGGGGACCUGAUGUGCGGUGGAGAAAAGCAAGGAAUCGGGAUGUUUCUGGAGCUAGGCCCGAUAGCCACCGAUGUGGAGUCCGCUUCAGCGCAGGAGCCCCCUUCCCCCACGGCGCGGUCCGCCACCUCCUCCUCGGCAGAGCCCAGCUCCGCCGACGUCGAGUCAGCUUCAAUGGCCGAGACCGAGGUCCAGUCAACCACAGUGGACCCUCUGGAAGAUAGCGAAGCCAUCGCAGAGCAGAUAAAGGUGGGUGAGCCCCGAGACUCCCAAACUCCUCCAUGUCAACCUACCUUAACCUACCAUAACCCCCUUUUUUGUAGCUUCUGA